AUGGAAUGUAGCAAGACAGAAAAUUACAUCUUUUCAUGUCAACAUUUCCCAUCAUCAUCAUCAUCAUCAUCAUCAUCAUCAUCAUCAUCAUCAUCAUCAUCAUCAUCAUCAUCAUCAUCAUCAUCAUCAUCAUCAUCAUCAUCAUCAUCAUCAUCAUCAUCAUCAUCAUCAUCAUCAUCAUCAUCAUCAUCAUCAUCAUCAUCAUCAUCAUCAUCAUCAUCAUCAUCAUCAUCAUCAUCAUCAUCAUCAUCAUCAUCAUCAUCAUCAUCAUCAUCAUCAUCAUCAUCAUCAUCAUCAUCAUCAUCAUCAUCAUCAUCAUCAUCAUCAUCAUCAUCAUCAUCAUCAUCAUCAUCAUCAUCAUCAUCAUCAUCAUCAUCAUCAUCAUCAUCAUCAUCAUCAUCAUCAUCAUCAUCAUCAUCAUCAUCAUCAUCAUCAUCAUCAUCAUCAUCAUCAUCAUCAUCAUCAUCAUCAUCAUCAUCAUCAUCAUCAUCAUCAUCAUCAUCAUCAUCAUCAUCAUCAUCAUCAUCAUCAUCAUCAUCAUCAUCAUCAUCAUCAUCAUCAUCAUCAUCAUCAUCAUCAUCAUCAUCAUCAUCAUCAUCAUCAUCAUCAUCAUCAUCAUCAUCAUCAUCAUCAUCAUCAUCAUCAUCAUCAUCAUCAUCAUCAUCAUCAUCAUCAUCAUCAUCAUCAUCAUCAUCAUCAUCAUCAUCAUCAUCAUCAUCAUCAUCAUCAUCAUCAUCAUCAUCAUCAUCAUCAUCAUCAUCAUCAUCAUCAUCAUCAUCAUCAUCAUCAUCAUCAUCAUCAUCAUCAUCAUCAUCAUCAUCAUCAUCAUCAUCAUCAUCAUCAUCAUCAUCAUCAUCAUCAUCAUCAUCAUCAUCAUCAUCAUCAUCAUCAUCAUCAUCAUCAUCAUCAUCAUCAUCAUCAUCAUCAUCAUCAUCAUCAUCAUCAUCAUCAUCAUCAUCAUCAUCAUCAUCAUCAUCAUCAUCAUCAUCAUCAUCAUCAUCAUCAUCAUCAUCAUCAUCAUCAUCAUCAUCAUCAUCAUCAUCAUCAUCAUCAUCAUCAUCAUCAUCAUCAUCAUCAUCAUCAUCAUCAUCAUCAUCAUCAUCAUCAUCAUCAUCAUCAUCAUCAUCAUCAUCAUCAUCAUCAUCAUCAUCAUCAUCAUCAUCAUCAUCAUCAUCAUCAUCAUCAUCAUCAUCAUCAUCAUCAUCAUCAUCAUCAUCAUCAUCAUCAUCAUCAUCAUCAUCAUCAUCAUCAUCAUCAUCAUCAUCAUCAUCAUCAUCAUCAUCAUCAUCAUCAUCAUCAUCAUCAUCAUCAUCAUCAUCAUCAUCAUCAUCAUCAUCAUCAUCAUCAUCAUCAUCAUCAUCAUCAUCAUCAUCAUCAUCAUCAUCAUCAUCAUCAUCAUCAUCAUCAUCAUCAUCAUCAUCAUCAUCAUCAUCAUCAUCAUCAUCAUCAUCAUCAUCAUCAUCAUCAUCAUCAUCAUCAUCAUCAUCAUCAUCAUCAUCAUCAUCAUCAUCAUCAUCAUCAUCAUCAUCAUCAUCAUCAUCAUCAUCAUCAUCAUCAUCAUCAUCAUCAUCAUCAUCAUCAUCAUCAUCAUCAUCAUCAUCAUCAUCAUCAUCAUCAUCAUCAUCAUCAUCAUCAUCAUCAUCAUCACCAUCCUGA